AGCCGCCAGUGCCGGCGCACCGAACGAAUUGACCAGCAACCAGUUUCCGGUUUCCAGUCUCCAACAUGGGACUGCAAAUGGUGUCUCUACUAAAGCGGCAGUUCCAUUCGUUCUGUGUGGAUUCCUGAAGGUCGGGGGUUUAUUUUUACACCUGUGCGCUGCGGGUCCGCCAUUCGUCCAGAUUACGUGAGAUCGUGACAAAGCCAUGAUAGCCCCGCGGAAACCCAAUCAGGGUCCGGUCCGACCGAGAGCUCGCAGGAACAGCUAUGUGUUGCCCAAGUAUCCUCUCCCUCGUCUACAGGACACAUUGGACACCUACCUAGACUGUAUGAAACACCUGGUGACGGAGGACCAAUACAGAACCACCAAGGCCAUCGUAGAAAGGUUUGCGGCCCGCGGUGGGGUCGGAGAACUUUUGCAGGAACAUUUGAUGAAGCGAAAAGAAAGCAAAGUUAACUGGAUUUAUGAUUGGUGGUUGGAUAAUAUGUAUCUAUGCAAUCCAGUUGCACUUCCAGUAAACUCCAGCCCCGGAAUGGUCUUCCCUCGUCAGAGCUUUCAGGAUGAGGCUGAUCAGCUCAGGUUUGCUGCACGUCUCAUUUGUGGAAUACUGGAUUACAAAGUCAUGUUGGACGCCCGUGCCUUACCCAUUGAUUUUGCCCGUGGUCAAUUAGCAGGACGUGCCUUGUGCAUGGAACAAUACUACCGGCUUUUCUCAUCUUACCGUCUCCCAGGCCAACAAAAAGACACACUGGUAGACCAGAAAAGCAAUGGAAUGCCUGAAACGGAGCAUGUCAUUGUGGCUUGCCGAAACCAGUUCUUUGUUUUGGAGGUUGUCAUAAACUUCAGGCGUUUGAACGAAAGUGACUUAUUCACCCAGUUGAGAAAGAUCGUGAAAGUGGCAGAGAAUGAGGAAGAAAGGGCAGCUCCCAUUGGACUGCUGACAGCAGAUGACAGGCCCAAAUGGGCAGAGGCAAGGAAAGUGGUUUUGAGAGAUUCAGCUAAUCGAGACUCUCUGGAUGCCAUUGAGCAUUGCAUAUUUCUACUAUGUUUAGAUGAACCAAGUGGUAUUGCACAGACCGAUCUCAGUAUGGCUCUGCAGAUAAUGCAUGGCGAAGGCUGGCACAAAAACGGUGCAAAUCGGUGGUACGAUAAAACUAUGCAGUUUAUUGUUGGAAAAGAUGGAUUGUGUGGUCUGGUUUAUGAGCACUCUCCUGCAGAAGGAAUCACUGUCAUACAAUGUGCCGAACAUCUCCUCUGCUACAUUAAAGAGACCUCAAGGAAGUUGGUACGCGUGGACUCUCACUGUGAGUUGCCUUCUCCUCGAAGACUGAGAUGGAAAUGCGACGCCGAAAUUCAUAGAUACUUAACCUCAGCAGCUGAGAGACUUCAAAGGUUGGUAGAGAACAUUGACCUGAACAUCUACCGGUUGAGGGAUCUCGGGAAAGAUUUUAUCAAGAGACAAAAGAUGAGCCCUGAUGCCUUCAUCCAAGUUGGUUUGCAGCUGUCGUUUUACAGAUGUCACGGAAGACUUGUCCACACAUAUGAAAGUGCUUCUGUACGUUGCUUCCAGGAUGGAAGAGUUGAUAAUAUCCGAUCAGCAUCUAAAGAGGCAUUGGAGUUUGCAAGAGCAAUGGUAGAUGGAAGAGCGUCAAUCACAGACUCAAAGAAGAUGGAGCUUCUCUGGGCCGCAAUCAAUGCACAGAUCAAUUAUACCAUUCGAACUAUUACAGGGAUGGCAAUUGACAAUCAUUUACUUGGACUACAGGAGAUGGCAAAAGAACUACACAUGGAUAUACCUAAACUAUUCACCGAUAAAAUGUACCUGACGAGUAACCAUUUUGUCCUCUCAACCAGCCAGGUACCAACUACAAUGGAUGGGUUUCUGUUUUAUGGACCUGUAGUUCCAGAUGGUUACGGUGUUGCUUACAAUCCACGUUUCGAUCAUAUUAUCUUCUGCAUCUCCAGCUUCAAUAAUUGCAAGGAAACCUCUUCCAGCAUGUUUGCAAAAUCCGUGGAGAGAAGCUUUAAAGAGAUGAAGGACCUGUGUGUUAAGCAUAACACCAGUGCCAAGCAAAGCUUUCUGGGGAAUGCAACGUAUAUUGUUCAGAAUGGAAGAAAAUCACACCAGUGAAAGCUGGCAAAUCGGGUUGUACUGUGAAAUGUUCACACGAUCAUUUCUCUAUGCCAAAGAGUAGAAUUAAUUAAAUUGGUAUCAAUUUGAAGCUUGUAAGUAAUCUGGUGGCAUAUUAACCCACUACUAUUUGCACAUGAUAUCAAAAGACAUUAUAAUGAAGUCAAAUGUAUCAUUCGGUCUACUCUGCUGUACUAGUGAUGUGGAAAAAUAGAAAUAUAUGUUCUGCACAUCAGCCCUUGAUAGACUGGUCUGCCAAAUAUAUUUUCUCAAUAGUCGGUGUUGAUAUUGUGCCAUCGCAUCCAUGAUCUCUGUGUUAUGGAUGCUAUUCAUAGACUGGGUGCAUUUUGUUUACUGAUGAACUUGUUUUCGUGAUAUUGUAUUUACAUUAUUUCUGAAGGCUUUAUAUCCCAAACAGUAAGUCUCCAUCAUGGUGUCCCUGUUUAUUAAAUUGCAAAGUUGGCGUGCUAAAAUAUGUGAUGUUAUCGGAAACUGCAACCUUUAUUGUAAAUGUUUCAGACAUCCUGGUUUAAAUUUUACACAAAGCAUUCUUGUACAAGUAAUUGUAGUGUACCU